GGCCCUAAUCUCUGUGUGUGUCUGCAUGUCUUCCAAAUGAUAAAAGGAUGUCGUCGUCGUCUUUGGACAGACUCCUUAUAAGAGAUCCUCCUUAUAAACACCUCCUCUGUUGCCCAGCAGGGGGUGUGCAGAGGCUGUCAGAGAGAGACCGUGAACCAAGGAUGAAGAGAGGCAGAGCAAUGCAGUUUUGCCUAUAUGGAAGAGAAUUAAUAUUAGUGCUUGACCACACAUGCUAAACGAGCUGGAGAAGCCCAGGAGCCUCUGCUGCACACGAGGCCAAUUUGAAUGUCAGCUCACACUCAUAUAAUCAGAUCUGAGUGAGACACAUAAUUGGAUGAUUUGGUGAAUUAAAAGCCUGAGCCCCUGACUGGCAGGCUGGCACUCACCAGGCUCCGCUGCUCCCCACAGAGCGCUGUCUCACUCUGCCGGGCGAAGGCACAGGGUCGCUUUCUGCUGAUGCACAGCGCGGUGGGAAUAGGGGAGGGAUUUGGGGGGGUCUCUCCCGCCACCAGGGGCAGGUCUGUUCAGUCAGCGCCAUCGCCAGCUCAGCCCCUUUAAAGCGAGCAGCAGCCUCUCGCCUCAUCCCAGACUCCGCGAGCACAGCCACGGCGCGGCUCCCAGGCAGACAGGAGAUCCUGCUCAAGUGGGUAGGGGGGGGUCGGGGAAUCCAGCUCAGCCUGCUGCCGUCAGUGAGACACAGCACAGACAGGGGGCAGCUCCGACCUGUGAGGAAGGCUAUCGUUUUUAUACGUCUCUUAGAGAUCGCACAGGUCGGCAGAGGAAGGCGAUGGAAUCCGGAGAGCAGUGCAGAAGCGGCUGCAGACUGACUGAGAGCUUAAUCACACCUGAGUUCAGUCAUUAAGCGGCAGCAGCAGUGGCGGCGGCUCUACGGCGAGGCUCUGCUGAGAUCCCGUCUCCGGCUGAAUGGGAAGUCUCCCGGGCUCACUUUGCUGUUGCGUCGUGCAGCACUGAAGCAGGACAGUAAAUGGCAGCAGCUCUUGCUGACGGGUGAUCUUACUUUGAUAUAAAUUUCAGCUGGACUCUCAGAAGCAGAGCAAUGCCAUAAACCAUGAGGAAAGCAAGUGGAUUUCAUGAUGUUUCACACCCUCCUGUUGGAUGUACAAUCUUUGCAGUUUGGCUUCAUCAUAUUUAAAAAAAAAACACAACACAUUUUCAUCCUUUUGCUCAGGGUUGACUUCUGAAGUGUUUGUGGAUUUGUGUGUGUUUGCUGCUGGAUUCCCUACCUUUUCAGCUUUAUCACAUUUUAAACAUUGAUAUUCCUCUCCAUGGUUUCUGCCCUAUUCAAGAGCCUGACGUCCAACAUUGUAAAUAUUUCCAAAGGAAUGUUUACAAAGAAACUGGCUAAUCCCACAAAGAAGAAAGAGAGCAGUGACCCUAAAAAGGAUCAAAAAUCCCAAACCCCAGACACCCCAAGGAAUCCGACACUUUCCACAACUCUAAAGAGUACAGUGAAAAAAAAUUCUCAGUGUCCCUCAGCUCGCAAUAUAUCGCUUGAAGAAGACAGUCGUAAAAACAACUGCUCAUCGCUCUCUCCAACGUUCAGUUACCGUGUAGCGAUAGCUAAUGGACUCCAAAAAAGUGCUCUUUUGGUUAACAAUAAUGAAGGUCUCCUUCAAGAGGUCUUAUCCACUGAAAGCAGUUAUUCUGACUCUCUGAGUGAAGGUAAAUAUAUCCAGAUAUUUGAUGAACACAAAGCUUUUACUAUGCCAAUAAGAAGGAACAGGAAAAGCCUGACCAGUCUGGCACCCUCCGAUGGAAGUUCUGAGGGUGAGCGUGGGGAGCGCACCAGUCUGCAUACACUACGCCUGGGAGCUUUGCGGAAACUGAGGAAGUGGAAGAAGAGCCAGGAGUAUGUUUCUUCGGACGCAGAUGCGAGUACCUGGCGUAAAACUCUGGGCAUCCGGAGCAAGUCCCUGGACCGGGCUGGGAGGCAGCAAAAAACCAGCUCGCUAGAACCUGGAUCCAGUUCCACAGGUUGCAUCAGUCAGACACAUGAUGUCAUGGAAAUGAUCUUCAAAGAGCUGCAGGGAAUCAGUCAGAUUGAAUCAGAACUGUCAGAGCUGCGAGGUCAUGUCAAUGCACUGAAGAAUUCUAUCGAUGAAAUUUCCAGCAGCGUGGAAGUGGUGCAGAGCGAGAUCGAGCAGCUGCGUUCGGGCUUCGUGCAGUCUCGGCGUGAGACUCGUGAUAUACAUGACUACAUAAAACAGAUAAGCCAACAAGACAGCAAAGCAACUCUCAGGUUUCUGAAUGUGCCAGAGGAUGAGUUGGAAAACACAGAGGAUCUCAUUUACCAGAUUUUCAAGGAGAAAAUGGGUUUCACUGAAGUGCACAAGAUGCCCAAAAUUGACAUCGCCCAUCGAUUAGGUCAACAGAGGGAAUGUUCGAAUGCCAAGCCCCGUCCCGUUAUUGUUAUCUUUUCCACCCCCCAAGACCGCGAUUUAGCUUUAAAAAAAUGUUACAAACUUAAAGGCACAGGUAUUUCUGUAUCUACUGAUAGCCUUAGUCAUGAAAAGGAUAGGAAAGAGAAGGGAAUGACCUCAUCGCAAACAUAUGAGAGCAUGGACAUCAAUGUUUGUACGAAAGACAAAAAUGACCUUGAUGACUGGGACUCAAUGGACAGUGACAGAGAGUUAGAGGCUGACUUAAAUAGGAAUGUAUAUGAAAUUUUGUCUAAGGCCACGCAGAAAAGUAAAUCUGACCAAAUGAAAUCCCACGAAAGUCACGACAGGGCUAGUGAUGGCAUUGCAUGUUCAGGAGCAGUCCAUUAUGCUGAGGACACUUAUCAAUCAAUAGAAUAUGAAGAUCAAGACAAACAAGAAAAGCCUUAUUACUCAGAUUUAACCCCUGCAUGGCUUUCCCAAAGUGAGUACUCAACUCCUAAGCUGAGUCAUUCUGAGUCAGACUGUUCAAAGCUGUGCCAGUCCUACUCUGAGGAUUUCUCCGAAAACCAAUACAUAGGCCGAACCAACGGCUACUCUUUAUUGUCGUCUUCAGAUCAGGAGUUGUGGCAGAGAAAGCAGGAAGACAUGACUUCCACAUGGUGUCCGACUCCACCUAGUCAGUCACUUAGUCAGGAAAAUCAACCCUUUGUGGAACCAAAUGAACCAGAGACCACAGAGACUGUUGACAGUGGCGUGAGCAAUGGGCUGGUAUGUGUGUCAGGUGACAGGAGCCACUACAGUGGUUCCCAGCUGUCUCUGCAGGGUGACCUGUCUCCUUGGAAGGACUGGCACCAUUUGGAACAAGGUGCAGAUUCGGGCUUUGAUGCCUCAACAGAACAGAACCUAGUGUCAGAGGUCAGCAGUCCCUUUGACCCCACAGCUAAUCCCGGGUUUCCCGAGAACAUCAUAAAAUGCCAAGAAGUGGACUUACAGUUUGAGGGCGAAAACUACAUGACCCUAGACAGUACCCCUUCUACAUGCCCAGGUCUGGAAAGUGAAACGGCCAGUCAGCCUGAUGCCCAAAGUGAUCCAGAGCUCAAUGGCAGCCAUUUUUAUCAGAACCAGACCAAGUCCUCAACCAUGUAUCGCAGUCAGAGUGAGAUUACAAGCGAGAAAUCUGAGGAGGUGCCUAAAUCCUGGCACAGCCGACUCAGCAUCGAUCUCACUGACAAAACAUUCAGUUUCCCAACAUUUGGAUCAACUCUGCAGCGAGCCAGAUCUGCCCUGGAGGUUGUCUGGAACAAAAGCUCCCAGAGCACGAGUACCCCAGCGGCACCCUCCUCUAGCUCCACUGCUGCCAUGGCUACAGAGGAACCUGCCAAUUCCACAUUCAUGGGCGGAUUCAGGACUCUGUCUCAAUCCACAGUCAAUGACUCAAGCACGACAAUUGAUUCAGACGUGUACACUGAGCCCUUCUACUACAAGGCUGAAGAGGAGGAGUGUGGUGAGCCCACUGUAGACAACGAAACCCAUUACGUUGAGGUCAUGGAGCAAGUGCUUGCCAAUCUGGAGAAUCGUACGAACACCAACGAGCCCGAAGAACAGUACCAGGACUACAGGCUUCCAGAGGAAGGGACCUAUGUGCUGGAAUACGACUGCAGCUACGAUGAGCAGUAUGAAGCAGAGUACAGUGAGGAGUAUGAUGAGGACCAGGUCACUGAAGAAACAGCUGAAUAUGACGUUGUGGCAUAUGCAGAGGAUAUGGGUGAGAUUGAGGACGCUGAGGAGCAAGUGGACUAUGGGGAAGCUGCAGAAACUUCUGCAACAGAGGAAAGUGGUGAAAUAAAGGACAUUAUUGAGAAAGAGGAUGAAAAUCAAAAUGUGCCUGAGGAACAAAACAUUGCAACUCCACCCAAGAAGAGGAUAAGACCAACUUUUAAGGAGGCUGCAUUGAGGGCAUACAGAAAACAAAUGGCUGAAUUGGAGGAACAGAUUCUUGCUGGAGAUAACGCUGCACUGGACGCACAGGCACGGCUGGCGAGCGGGAAUGUCCUGGAUCCCUCCAAACUGCUGGGGCUUCAGGGAGCUGGCGGGCCUGGCAGCAUACUUUAUGGUAUUGACAGCAUGCCAGAUUUACGGCGCAAGAGAACCAUGCCCAUUGUUCGAGACCUGGCAUUGACUUUGGCUGCCCGAAAGGCUGGUGUAUCCUUUGCUCUGGUGGCCAGAUCAACCCUGAACAACGAAGACCUGAAACUGCAUGUCUUGAGGAAAACCCUGCAGGCCUUAAUUUACCCGAUCUCCUCCACCACACCCCACAACUUCGAGGUGUGGACGGCAACGGCGCCCACAUACUGCCACGAGUGCGAGGGGCUGCUCUGGGGCAUCGCGCGCCAGGGCGUCCGCUGCUCCGAGUGCGGGGUCAAGUGCCAUGAGAAGUGCCAGGACCUGCUGAACGCCGACUGCCUGCAGCGAGCUGUGGAGAAGAGCUCCAAGCAUGGGGCAGAAGACAAAACCCAAAAUAUCAUCAUGGCCAUGAAGGAGAGGAUGAAAAUCAGAGAGAGGAACCGGCCUGAGGUGUUCCAGCUCAUCCAGGAGGUGUUCCAGAUCUCUAAGGAGGACUUCACCACUCAUUUGAAGGCAGCAAAGCAGGCAGUUUUGGAGGGCACAUCGAAGUGGUCCGCCAAAAUCACCAUUACAGUUCUGUGCGCUCAGGGUCUGCAGGCCAAAGACAAGACGGGUUCAAGUGACCCCUAUGUGACCGUGCAAGUGGGCAAGACCAAGAGAAGGACCAAGACCAUCUUCGGAAACCUCAACCCCAUCUGGGAUGAGAAGUUCUUCUUCGAGUGCCACAACGCCACGGACAGGAUAAAAGUCAGGGUGUGGGACGAGGAUGACGACAUUGCUUCACGUGUGAAGCAGCACUUCAAGAAGGAGUCGGAUGACUUUCUUGGGCAGACGAUCAUUGAAGUCAGGACUCUAAGUGGCGAGAUGGAUGUGUGGUAUAACCUUGAGAAGAGGACUGAUAAAUCUGCUGUGUCUGGAGCCAUCAGGCUGAAGAUCAGCGUGGAGAUGAAGGGGGAGGAGAAGGCAGCGCCCCCUCAUGGCCAGUAUACAUGCUUACACGAGAACCUCUUCCAUUGCCUGACUGAGGUGAAGAACAAUGGGGUGGUGAAGAUUCCUGAGGUCAAAGGGGAAGAGGCCUGGAAGGUCUACUUUGAUGACACUGCUCAAGAGAUCGUUGAUGAGUUUGCUAUGCGGUUUGGGGUGGAAUCCAUAUAUCAGGCCAUGACACACUUCUCCUGCCUGUCAUCCAAAUACAUGUGCCCCGGAGUGCCUGCCGUAAUGAGUAACCUGCUAGCCAACAUCAACGCCUACUUCGCCCACACCACCACUGCCACCACCAACAUCUCUGCCUCCGACCGCUUCGCCGCCUCCAACUUUGGAAGGGAAAAAUUCAUCAAGCUGUUGGAUCAGUUACAUAAUUCACUGAGGAUUGAUUUGUCUAAGUAUCGGGACAAUUUCCCAGCUAGCAACCCAGAGAGACUCCAGGACCUUAAAUCUACAGUGGACCUGCUAACUAGCAUCACCUUCUUCCGCAUGAAGGUGCAGGAGUUGCAGAGCCCUCCCAGAGCCAGCAUGGUGGUGAAGGACUGUGUCCGAGCGUGCCUGGACUCCACCUACAAGUACAUCUUUGACAACUGCCAUGAGGUCUAUAACCAGCUGCUGGAUCAGGCCAAGAAGCAGGACAUGCCACGGGAGGAACAGGGACCUUCUAUCAAGAACCUGGACUUCUGGCCCAAACUGAUCACGCUCAUGGUGUCUGUGAUUGAUGAGGAUAGGACGGCUUACACCCCCGUGCUGAAUCAGUUCCCACAGGAGCUGAACAUGGGGAAGGUCAGCGCAGAGAUCACAUGGAAUCUCUUCGCCACAGAUAUGAAGUAUGCAAUGGAAGAACAUGAGAAACACCGUCUUUGUAAGAGCACUGAAUACAUGAAUCUGCACUUCAAAGUGAAAUGGUUUCAUAAUGAGUAUGUCCGGGACCUGGCUGCAUUCAAGGACACCAUUCCGGAGUAUUCUCUGUGGUUUGAACCCUUUGUCAUUCAGUGGUUAGAUGAGAAUGAAGAUGUUUCCAUGGACUUCCUGAACGGAGCUUUGGAAAGAGACAAAAAGGACGGUUUCCAGCAGACCUCUGAUCAUGCCCUCUUCUCCUGCUCUGUGGUGGACGUCUUCGCACAACUCAACCAGAGCUUUGAGAUCAUCAGGAAGCUGGAGUGUCCCAAUCCCCAGGCCCUUGGCCACUUUAUGUGUCGAUUUGCCAAGACUAUUAAUAAAGUUCUGCUAGAGUAUGCUGCAAUAAUCUCCAAGGACUUCAGCUCACAUUUGAGCAGGGAGAAAGUGCCUUGCAUCCUCCUCAACAACAUCCAGCAGCUCCGCGUGCAGCUGGAGAAGAUGUUCGAGGCCAUGGGUGGAAAACAGCUGGAUGCUGAGGCAGGUGACCUUCUGAAGGAGCUUCAGAAUAAGCUCAACACUGUCCUGGAUGAGCUAAGUGGAGUGUUUGGCUCCAGCUUCAAGCCUGUAAUUGAGGACUGCGUCAAACAGAUGAGCCAGGAGCUGCUGCAGAUGAAGGGGGACGGAGCAGCCAAGAAGAGCAGCGCUGCCAUGGAUGCUGAAAUCGUGCUCCGUCCGCUCAUGGAGCUACUGGAUAAGAACCUGAUGCUGUUUGCAAAAAUCUGCGAGAAGACAGUUUUGAAGAGAGUGCUUAAGGAGCUAUGGAAGAUCGUCCUAAACACCAUCGAAAGGCAGGUUGUGUUGCCUCCGCUGACCGAUCAGAGUCAAGGUGCUCAGAUGAUCUUCAAUGCGGCGAAAGACUUGGGGCAGCUAUCAAAGCUGAAGGAGCAUGUGAUCCGUGAGGAAGCUCGGAGUCUGACUCCCCGGCAGUGUGCAGCCAUGGAUCUGGUCCUGCCCACCAUCAAGCAAUACUUCCAUGCCGGCGGAAACGGUCUGAAGAAGUCAUUCCUUGAGAAAAGCCCUGAUCUGAAGUCAUUGAAAUACGCUCUCAGCCUUUAUACACAAUCUACGGAUGCCUUGAUCAAGAAGUAUAUAGGGACCCAGAACUCUCAAGUUCAGCCAUCUAAUGGAUCGCUGGGUGAGGUGUCCCUUCAAGUGGAUCUCGUGUCUCAUCCAGGCACUGGGGAGCACAAAAUCAGUGUCAAGGUUGCAGCAGUGAAAAGCAUUAGUUGGCAGACCAAUGCCAUGUUCCGCCCCUUUGUGGAAGUCAAUGCCGUGGGACCGCAACUUGCAGACAAGAAGCGCAAGUUCAGCACGAAGACCAAGAACAACACCUGGUCCCCUAAGUACAACGAGACAUUCCAGUUUGUGCUGAGCUCCGAGCACGAGCCCCAGGCUUAUGAGCUACACGUCUCGGUGAAGGACUACUGCUUCGCUAGGGAGGAUCGCAUCAUCGGCAUGACAGUCAUUCCACUGAAGGACCUCGCCGACAAGGGAAGCUGCUCAGGCUGGCACCCCCUGGUUAGGGACAUCUCCAUGAACGAGACCGGCCUGAUCAUCAUGAGGAUACUCUCACAGAGGACCAACGACGAGGUAGCCAAGGAGUUUGUGCGCCUCAAGUCCGACGUCAGAUCGGCCGAGGAGACGUUGUGAGGUGGGGGACGCCUUCGAGGAGAGCUUGUGAGGUGGGGGACGCCUUCGAGGAGAGCUUGGCCGUGGAUCGGGGUUCCAUGCUCUCCGUCUUUGUGCAUGUGUGUUAAACAUCUGUUGUAAUGUUCGUUAAGCUACAGUACAUUACAGUGUUUACCUACAGUACACUUAAUCUGAAGUAAUCUAUCUUAAGGAGAUGUUAACUUUUGUACUGAAUCUAGUCUUUUUGAACAGUAAUUUGUUCAGAUAAAGUGCCAAACCAGAAAAGGAAAAAAAAAAAAAAAAAAACAACAAUGAAAGCUAGUCAACUAGGUAUAUUUCAAUUUGCUUGAAGAGUUUGUCUUUUUUCCUUCACACUUCAAAUAUUAUAUUUUGUCAUGUUUAUCAUUUUGGUACAGUGUUCUUACAUAGCACCUGUGCAUGUUCUGUUCAUGUCUGUGUGUCCCCCCAGAGUGACCAUUGGUUUGUGGCCAACGUCUUCGUCUGGUUGUUUGUAUUUUGACCUGAACUGAUUGUUUUUUAUGGCGAUGACUGCUAUGAAAAUCUACAUACGUGUUUGUAAUUUUAUAACCACUAACAGCAAGGACAGCCGCUUCCAGGUCUCUUAAAGGGGACAUUCCUCCCCCCCUUUUUUUAUUGGCUUUCAGCCGCUCUCGAUUACACUGUGAACAUGAACAAGGCCACCUUACAUAACAUUUCUGACUGACUAUAUUGUUUAAUAUAAAAAAAACUGCCAAAGUUCCCAAAUCUGUACAGAAAUCAGCCUGUGACCUAUAAGACACACCUGCACAUGCACCACAAUGUCACUGUCGAAGGGGCGAUUUCAGAGAUGUUUAUUUUGUGAGCCUGUUCUGAUGUUGUAAAUGUUUUGCAUAAACUGUUUUAUCAGCUUUAAGCCUUUUCUUUACUGGGGAGGGAGUGUAAUGUUUGGUAAUUAUGCAACAUUCCUAUGUAUUGCACUGUUGGCGAACUGUUUGUCAUGUAAAUAUAUUUAGUGAACUUCUGA